UUCAGAUUUGGAAUUCCUUAAAUGAAAAACUUAAUUGCGCUACUGCACAAGAUGACUAGUCUUUGUAAAAGCUUUUAGACUUGUUGGGUACUAUGGCAAGCAACAUUGGAGAAGUGGUAGUUGAAGUUGCUCCUUUUCCUUUCAUUUCUGCUUCUCCAAAAAUUUAACAUAAAUAUUUGGAGUGAGCACAGAGCCUUCCAUCAACAUGAUUUAUUGCAGGGAGCAAUUUUGGUAUUCCAGAGCUAGUAGUACUAUAUUGUUUUGUGUGUUGUACGUACUUUUCUCUACCUGGAGAAAAUAUAACCACACUACUUUUGUUUAAUAUCUUAGAUAUCUCUUGGCCCAUCAGUAGUAACUUUGUCGAGCCAGGGGCUCCCUUACACGCGAGCUGAUUAGAUGCGUGGAAUUAGAAGACUCGUACAUACUGUCUAGUAUGGCUAUAGAGUAAGAGAAUUAACCAGCGACAAAGACUACGCAGCUACAAAUAAUUCUAAUUUGAUUUUUUUAUUCUUCCACCUUUCUUUAUUUGAUAACUAUUUAAUGACAUCAUCUCAUUUUACUUCUACUGCAUCCUACUUAACACUGCAUUGAGAAGAAAAGUUAACUAAAAGUAUCGUACUAAAGUAAAAAAGUUUCACUUAUUUCUUAAACUGAAUGUCAAAUGGUGUACCGUAAAUUGGGAUAAGGGAGUAGCAAUAAUUGUGUCUAAAAGAGAAGACCCUUGUUUGCCUUCCAGUUUUCAUUGCCAAGUCAAGCUAUUUUAACUAAUCCCUCAAUACAUCAAACGCAAAGAAGCAAAAAAAUAUGGCAGAAUCCAUGCAAGACUCAACUCCAUAUAGUGAUGUUUCCAUGGCUUGCAUUUGGUCACUUGAUCCCAUAUAUCAAUCUGUCAAAUGAACUUGCAAAAAGAGGUCACAAAAUCUAAUUCUUGUUGCCUAAACGUGCAGGAAUUCGACUUCAAAAUCUCAAUUUUUAUCCUCAUCUCAUCACAUUCCACAAACUCACAAUCCCUCAUGUUGAUGGCCCUCCAUAUGGUGCAGAGAAUACAGCUAAUGUGCCUGGAUCUUUGGAGACUUUACUAGCAACAGCUAUGGAUGAAUUAUACGAUGAAAUCAAAUCUUUUCUUGAAAAUCUAAAACCCCAUUUCGUUAUCUUUGAUUUUGCUUAUUGGAUCCCUGAGUUAGCACUACAAAUUGGAGGUAUCAAGACUGUGUCUUACAGAGUUGUUUGCCCGGAUAAGACUACUUUUAUGACAUCAACUGCAGCUGAGCUUGUAAAGCCACCACCAGGUUACCCUUCUACUACUGUGGUGUUGCGUGAAUGUGAAGCUAAAUUGUUACAGUUUCUAUUUGAUGAAUAUGGCAAGGGGGUGACAUUUCUCGAACGAAUGCAGAAGUCCCGAGCAGGAUGCGACACAAUCCCUCUAAAAACAUGUAGAGAGGUUGAAGGAACAUUUGGUGACUUUGCAGCAAAACAACUUGAAAAGCCAAUCCUUUACACAGGAGCUGUUCUUCCUGAGCUGAAAAAUGAGCCUUUAGAAGAACAUGGAUUAUCUAAUCGGCUCGAGAAAUUCGAGCCAGGAUCAGUAGUAUUCUGUGCACUUGGGAGCCAAACUAUUCUUCAAAAUAAGCAGUUUCAAGAACUUGUUUUAGGCCUUGAACUGACUGAGUCACCAUUCUUGUUAGCGGUUAAGCCACCCGAGGAGACAAAUUCAAUAGAAGAAGCCUUGCCAGAGGGAUUCAAACAAAGGGCUAAAGAAAAGGGAUUGAUUCUUGAUUGUUGGGUGCCACAAUUGAAGAUUUUAAGUCACAAAUCAGUUGGUUGUUUUGUGAGUCACUGUGGGUAUGGAUCUAUGUGGGAGUCUUUGGCAUUGUGUGAUUGUCAAUUGGUAUUUUUGCCUAGGUUUUUUGAUCACCUUUUAAAUGCUAGGCUGAUGGAACAUGAACUGAAAGUUGGUGUAGAAGUGGAGGAGGAGAAUGAUUUAUUUACAAAAGAGAAUUUGUGCAAGGCUGUGAAAUGUAUGAUGGAUAAAGAUAGCCAAAUUGCUUGUUCAAUGAAAGAGAAUCAUAGGAAAUGGAAGGAACUUCUUUCAAGUCCUGGAUUUAUGAGUAACUAUAUUGAUAAUUUCAUUCACAACUUGCAUGGACUUCUACUUGAACAGACCUAGAUUAAUCAAAGAUUGAAGUUACUGGUUUGGCAGAAUCUAGUAAUUUUGAUGCAGAUCAUGUAUUUGUGUUAAGAUAUUUAAUUAUAUUUAUCAAAUAUUAUCCUGUUUUGAAAUUCAGAACUCAUAAAUUUAAAAAUCUGUAUCUAUUUGCAUAUGGUUGAGAUCUCUACUAAAUUACAGAUAUUUGCACUCUUUAAGUUUGUACU